UAGUUGUCUUUUCCGGAGGAUAACAUCCCAGAGUCUCCAAGCAGUCUGUAUUCCUGACUAUCAAGGGCUUUGAAAACUUUCAAAUGGCAUGAUUUCACCGGCUGCUCCUUUAGUCAGUUUAGUCCUUUAGUUUGUGGACACAAAGCCUCUUGUGAGAUUCUUUCAGAAAAGGAAAUAAAUAAGGAAGGAAGGAUAAUAAAGCAAAAGGGGGAAAGGAAGUCAUGCUUACUUCACUCCUGGUCUUGAGAGGGGUAGCAUCUCACCAGUGGAGAGCAAGAAAGUGGCGAAUAAUAUGGAAAGAUGGGUCCAGCUGUGGAUUCUGAGCUUGGUGGCUGUUGUCCCUGGAAAAGCUGUCCUGCAUUUGAACGGCAGCCACUCGGUCGAUGGGAUCUGGAGAGCUCCUGCCACUUUGCCCUGCCUGUACCAAUCCUCCUCUGACUUCAAGCAGCUCACGGUGACCUGGAAGUUCUCCGUGCAGGGCCAAACUCCUAGGACCAUCUUGCUCCACGAUGCCUCCGGGGACCACAUCUUCUUGACCGCUUUUCGAGACCGAGUCAACGUUGCCGGGAACCCCCCCGGGGAUGUGUCUCUCCACAUCAAGGCACUUGAAAUGACCGAUAGGGGUUCAUUUGUCUGCAUAGUAGAGUUGGAAGACCAAAACAGGAACACAAUCAGGGGAGAAAAAACCAUCCAGCUCCAGGUGGUAAAAGUUGCAGCAUCCAAGCCGGUGGUUGAAGCCAGCAGCCAGGAAUCUUUCUUGCCUGAAGGAUCCAGGAUGAGUCUGACCUGCUCAGCCAGCGGCUCUCCGCCCAUCACCUACCAGUGGUACAAGGACGUGCCUGGGGGGGAAGCUGAGGAGCUCCAGAGGGGUCCAGUCCUAGCAUUCGAGCACCUGCAGCUGUCGGAUUCCGCCAGAUACUUCUGCACGGCAGAAAACAAAAUUAAUGCACAAAAGGAACAGAGCGACUCCUUUCAGCUGACCGUGGAAGAGUCUUCUGAAGUCUCCACUGCAGAACCAACUGGACAUACAACAGGGCUCACUGUCCCUGGAAGCCCACCUGGCUCGUCUCAUGUCACGCAAG